ACUUCCGUGUAAUUUAAAUCCCGAGUUGAAGACAUUUGAUUUUGUUGCAGUUGCUGUUAAACUUGGUCCAUACAAGUGCAAGGGGGAAAAAUGUGUAAAUCAGUUAGAGAUCUACAAAAUUGAAGUACUAUUUUGAUUCAUUAUAAACUAAAUACAUUAUAGUAAGACAUAGACUUCAUAGACAUAAGAUUAAAGAAAGAAAUUAUUUUCUUUAAUUAAAUAGUGGUGUUAAUGUUAGUAGAGAUAGUAUAGUCUAGUGCAAGGGUCGGGAACCUUUUAGUCUGAGAGAGCCAUGGACACCACAUAUUUUGAAAAGUAAUUCUAUGAGAGCCAUACAUUACGUUUAAAACUAAAAAUCCACUUCUGAUGCUGAGCUGCAGUAGACUUUGACUUGAGUUUAGCUCAGUUGUUGUAGUAUGAAAUGUUGUUAUGCAAUUCAAUUAAUAUGUAGAUCAAAGGAGUCUAAAGAAACAUUUUUUUAAAAUAUCAAACAUUUAUCUGCGAGCCAGAUACAGCCAUCAAUAGAGUGCCACAUCUGGCUCGUGAGUCAUAGGUUCCUGACCCCUGGUCUAGUGUAAGCGUAAGUCUAACUAAAUCUAAUAAUAUUAUUAAACUAAUAAAUAAUAAAUUGAAUAAAAAUAUUGAAAAUGAUUUAACUAAAUUAACCAACUUUAUUUUUCAUAAUAUAUUAUAAUUGUAAUAUAAUUAUAAACAUAAUAAUUUAAUAUACAUAUUAUUACAUAACUUAGUUUUAGUAGGCCUAUACUUAGACUAUACUAUACUACAGUACUGAUUACUAACUAUAGUUAUAGUCAGUAUAAAACUUUGAUUUUGAUAGUAUAGACUAUAAAUAGUACAGUAUAGUCAUGACAUGUAGUAGGCCUACAUAUGAGAGUAUAAAUUAAGCCUAAGCCAGCUCCUUCUUUCUUAAGUUUAAUUCUAAUUGGUAAAGAUUUUAUAUUGAAUAAUAUUGCUUAUAUCACUUUUGCUAUUAUAGUUAUAGCCUUUCCUUAGGCCUAAUAAAUAAAGUAAUCAAGAGAAACAUCAUGUAGGCCUAAACUAAAAAAUAUAUUAAAAAAUAAUUAACUCUGAUUUUACAUUGUAAAAAAAAGAAGUCUAAUCACUUAUCCAUACAUAAUUGAUUUCUCAUAUUUGUUUCAUUUUAUCACACUGUCACAAAUCAUUACAUAAAAUUACUGCUUAGACACCCUUGUCAUAAAUUUGUGAAAUCCCCAUCUAGAUGUGUGAUAUCAUUUAUGGAUGACCCUUAAACCUGGUUUAAACCAUAGUUGCACAACAUGUGUUUAUAUUUGAAACAAAUAGUAAAAAACUAAUUAUAAAAUUACCAUAAUCUUUGUAAAAAUGUAUGUCUCAAGUUUAAGUACCCCUUUUCAUAUUUUGCCGACUGUUUGGCAUAGUGAAUAUUUAAUUUAUUAUAUACAAAUUACCCAAGAAAAACUUUAAGUGAGGUAGGUUGUGGGUGAAAAGGGAUAAGGGGAGUUGAGAAAGAUAAUACAGAAGGUGCUUUUGGAGGGGUUGAAUGGGAGGGGUGGUAGGUGGUGCAGAAUGAUUGGGGUGGAGGGAUGAAGGGGAACACAUCACAAAGGACCUAUCCUUAAUUCAUUUGAUAGUUAACAUAAUUUUAUCCAACACUGGUCCAAAAAAAUCAUAGCACCUGAUUAAAACUUAAGCUUGACUUCAUUUAUUUACUUUGUUUACUCAUAAUCAUCAAGUCUCAUUUUAAAGAACUUGACAAUUUUGUUUGAGGACAUCACAUUUAUCAUGUCUUUGCUCAUUGUUGUACAGUUAAAAUUAAAAUACCAACUUUUUUCUUCACAUUUUAUAUCUGUUGAGUAUACAGUGUGAUCUAUGGAUGUAGUUAAAUUAUCAUCUGUAAUUGUAAUUAUUUAAGUAUAAAGUUUUAUUAUUUCUCUUCAGGAGCAUUUGCAGUUCUUAGUGUAUAAAAUAUAUACACAAAUCAAGCCUUUUACCUGUAAGUAUUAGGGUCUUGACCUGGAACAAGAGUAGCAGUUGUGCUAGUUUAUUUGGUAGCCUCAUGCUAUUUAAUUUAUUAAGUUAAGCCUCCAUUAUUUUUGAAGUAUUUGUUUUUCAACUUCCGAAUGCUUUAUUAGCAAAUUUCAAACCAUUGUCAUAGGCUGUAAUAGAAGGUGUGAACAUUGUGAAAGAACAUAAUUAGCGGUGUUGGGAAGCAAAAAUUUAAUUCACAAGAUUAAAAAAAAAAUUAAAUGCUGCUUAUUAGUGACAAGUUUUUACCAAGAUAAAUAACGUUUAUUGAUGAUAAGAGAGAGAGUGAGAACAAGAGAGCAAGAAUUUUGGAAGGAUUUUAUUGAAUUUGAAAAUAAAUAGAUAAGUAAGAUGCAGUUGUAAUUAUUCAAAAAGGUAUUUCAAAACAAUUUAAUAGAAAUAAACAAAUAGAGAUUUUACACUCAUGAAGAUACCACAGUUGUAAUUGACAAUUAUUGUGCUGGUUUAGCGAUUUUAGUCAAGCAAAAUUUAAAAGCCUUUGAUUGCCUAAUUCAUUUUGAGAAAAAGGAUGUGCAUCUGUAAAUAGGUGAUCAAAUGUCAGGAAUGACCAUCCAAUUUUCUGCUAUUGCCAGAGAUUUUUCGAUGAAAUAAUAUUCAAAAUUCAUCUGAAAACUAUCUACUUUUUAAAGGUUUUCUAUCUACUUGCAUUUCUAUCUUGUGGAGCAUAAUUGUUUUGUUUCCACAUCUGACACUUUCAUUCAGUCGAUUGAGUCUUCCUCAUGCUGACCUGAAAGGUAGCCUGAGUUGAUGAAACAGAGAUUACAGAUUCAAAUUUUCAUACUAAAAAUAGUAAAAAAUGGAGAAAAAAAAACUUAAAAUUUAAAAUAAUAAAGAAAUACUUUCUUAAAGACAAGUUUAAGCACACUAAAAAGUAGAAAAUAUUGUUCGUAAAAUUUUUAAAAAUUCAUUUAAUUUUAGUUUCUUCUACAUUUAAUUGGAAUACUUUUAAUAGAGUACUUACUAUGCUUCUGCACAAAUUUUCUUUGGCUUCAUAGAGUGCCUUACUACCCUUCUGCAAAUACUUUCUUCAUAAAAAGCCUUACGUCUCAUUCUGCAUAUACCAGUACUUUUGCUUUAUGAAUUGUAAGAAGUGUUCUACUUUUUAGUGCGAUUAAACUUGUCUUUGAAAUAAAGUCUUUUUCAACCACUUCAUUACCGCAGGGUUUUGACCAACAAUUUUUGCUGACUCAGCAAAAAAAUAUAAUUAUAAUAUAUAUAUAAAAAAAAAAAAAUUAAAUUUUCAGUAUAUUUCAUUCUCUAUCCGAUUCGCUUUUUAACCUCUCUAUAGAUUAACGAAUAAGGAAAUAUAUAGCAUUGAAAUUUGACAUCGACGUGACUUCCUUGGUAUUUCAGAAAAGUUCUUAAAUUUUUGUUAUGACGACGAUGUGACGUCCUUGGUAUUUAAAAGUGGGUGACCAUGACGUCGCGUCGACGUCGUCGCGUAGACGUCGUCGCGUAGACGUCUUCAGUAAUGAAGUGGUUAAAAGUUUUAAAAAGAAUUUUUUUUUUCCUGUUCAACUCCAACAAGAUAAAACAAGGAUUUAUUUUAUACUAAUCAAUGUUUUGCUUCAGGUUUAUUCCUUUGAUGUGAAUGACAAUGCCAAAAUAUGCUAAAGUCUUCUUAUAUUAUGGACCUUAUGAAGCAGCCGGAACUGUGGAAUAUAGGCAAUCUAGACUCAGAGGACUAAAAAGUAAUUUUUCUUUUAGUGAAGACUCUUGAUGAAAUUUUAUUUUGACAGAUAUUACCUUCAUUAUAUCACUAUUUUUCAUUUCACUAUGGUUUUGCAUUGUUCAUUUACAAUCUUUAAAGCCAAGUUAAACUAACUAGACUCACAAUUCACAAGACUAGAUUCUAAUUAGUUUUUAAUGGUUUUUUUUAUUGAUUAUUUCAUUUGUUUUUCUUGCAGCCAUAUUAACAAAUGCUGGACAUACAGUGGAGCUGAGGCCAUUUAAGGACUGGAAUGUGGUGGAGCUUUGGGUCAAUGGGGAAAAAGUUUUUACAUGUGACAUAAGGAAACUGGACUAUGGUACUUAUUUGUAAUAUAAUUAAACGAAGUUACAAGAGAAAUGUUAUGUGACAUUGCACUGACAACAGUCAAAAUACUUGUUUUCUUCAAAUUAUAUUGAAGACAAGAGGAAGAAAAAUUUAAAUUGUGUUGUAUCAGGGUGCUACAAAUGUAUUGCAAAUAUGUGUCCCAUAUUUUGGAUAUUUAAUAUACCUAUGCUCACUAAGCAUGAAAUGUAUAUUGUUGGAAAUAAAUUAUGCAAACAUACAUUUUGUGUACCGGUACCAUUUCAGGUGGAGAUGGUGAAUUGGAUCCUAUUUGUCAAGAGGCCUGCCAAGCUGUCACUAAAGCAUAACAACAACUUCUUUUUACUGAACAUUUGACCAUUGCGUAAAGCAAUAGCCUUACAUAUUUUGAACUAUGCUGCUUAUAGUAUGUGAGGGAAAACAUUUUCUAUUCCAGGAAUAUAUUUUGGAUUUUAUGAGAUCCAAAUUAAAUUCUCUGAGGGGAAAAGGUUAGCCCAUAUAUUGCAAAGUGGCAUCGGCAAAAUUUACAGUGUAUAUUCAAAUGUGUUGUUAUCUGAACACAGCUUACCCAAAUCUGUUAUUGUCCAUGUUAAAUAUGCAAAUUAAAUAAAAUUAACAAACACUAUUUGGCAUGUGCAUCCUUCUUACCAUUUUUUAUAUAAAGUUUUGUGUCAGGAUUUUACUUUUGACUCAAUGACUCAUAAAUCUUUUAACAUAUAAUAAUACAUUUCACGAUGUAAUGAUCUAUUUUUUUUUUUAAUUAUGACAAAGUAACUGCUCAUUUCAGUUGAUAACCAUUUUUGAAUUUUAUUAUUCUC